AUGAGUGACGAAACGAACAAGAGCGCUUCUGGUGGCCCAAAAGUGAAGUCUUGCGGGAUGUCGGCCUCCGGGGCUAGAAAGCAACCAGAAGGCUGGGAGAACAUCCCCAACCGCACCUCGAGCCUGUUAUGUUUGUUCUGGCUGUUGACAGAGUCCAACGCACCUACCUUUGUCGGGCCCAACACCGUCUUUGGCAUCUGCGGUGCCCUCGCGUCGCCGUGGAUGGCGGUAGAAGCCGCUGGUGCUGUUCACGGAGCAGAGCCCCUGAGGAUGGCCCUUGUACGAGUGAUGGCGCGCCUCGGCCAUGUGAUCCUGUUCAACUGGUCCAACCUGUUCAUCUUCGACCUGGCCAACCAGCGGCUGCCCGAGUCGGCUGCCGAGGAUGCGCUCAACAAACCCUGGCGGCCAGUUCCGCGCGGGCUUGUGACGGCCGACCAGAUCCGCACCUGCAUGCUGUGCUUGAUCCCGCUCGUAGUCGCCCUUAACCACUUCAUGCUUGGCGUUGGCGUCGAGAGCCUCGUCAUCAUGGCGUUGACGUGGAUGUACAACGACCUCCGCGGAGGCGACGAGGGCUAUGUCGUCCGGAACGCCAUCAUCGCUGCCGCCUUUGGUGUGUAUAACACGGGCUCUGUCAAGGUUGCCCUCGGAACAGCCGCCGUGCGUGAUUCGGGUUUGUUCGGGGGGCUGUCCUCUGAAUGCGUGAUAUGGGCAGGCAUCGUCAGUGCCAUCAUCUUCACGACGAUGCAUGUGCAGGACCUACAGGACGUCGAGGGCGACCGCGCGAGAGGCCGCCGCUCGGCGCCCAUUGUCAUGGGUGAUCGGCCGGCCCGUUGGAGCGUCGCAGUGCCGAUGCUCGUAUGGCCAGUGGCGAGUGCCUGCUUCUGGAGGACGGGCCUAGUAGUAGGAACACCUCAGGCGGCGCUGGGUACGCUCGUGGCUGUACGCUGCCUCCGGUGCUCCGGCCUUCAGGCAGACAAGCUCACCUGGAGGCUGUGGUGUCUGUGGACGGCCAUGGUGUACAUGCUGCCCCCCAUCUCGUGCGGCAUGUCAGUACAUGUGGAUGGCUGA